AGCCAUUAGAGGCAACAAGGAGGGACAUCAACACAUUAGCUGAACGUUUUGUUUACAGCUGUAUCGGACGUUUUCUAGGGCCCGGACCCCCCACUCAUCCUCUGUGCGUGUGAUGCGCCUCAGAAGCACAAGCCUGCUGUCCGAACUGCCCAUGCCGUCUGCCUCGAAGACAUCCCGGGAGGUAGGGUGCGUGUGCAAAGUCUGACAAUGGCCACACAGGCCGCAAAGUGACAGCUGGAUUGUUUGAAACAGGGGCGCCAUUCCGUCACCGCUGGUUCUCUCCUGUCACUGUAGCGUUCUGCUGUGAGCAGUAAAGCCGGUCACAAUCUCUCAAACCUCGUCGCAGCCUGGUGGUGUGGUUCUGACCUCCACGCAGCAGCAGCGCGCCAGCGUCAUGAGCAGCAGCGCCAGGGGGGGUUUCCUCCAUCAUCCGCCAAGGGAGUGAGGGAAAGGGAGGACAGAAGAGGAGGACAGGUCCGGAGGAGGAGGAGAGAAGAGGAGAGCAAAAGCAGGGGGAAGUGAAGAUAACGGAAGGGACGACAAGAAGCCAACUUUCCCCCCUGAAGGAUCUUUCCGCCUCCUUUUGACCCAUGAGGCUGUGAAUUCCCCUUUGUCGUCUCACAGAAAGCCUUCUCCUUCCACAUCUGAACCCAAUGUCUCCGAAAGUGGGCCCCACCGGUCGAGGCACCAGCACCCACCUCUGGAUGCUGCUGUGGCCCCUGCUCUGCGCGCCGGCCCUGGCCGAGGGGACCGCGCCGAGCACCGUGGACCCGCAGAGUGCCGGCGGUGCCACGUCGCUGCCCGAGGACUGGACCAUCACCACUCUCCAGCUGCAGCCGGACCUGCAGACCGAAGCCAUGACCCUGACGGAAGCGCAGGCGGAAAGGCGGACGGGGCCGACGACGGAGGCCCUGACCGAGACGCAGACUCGGGGCAUCACCAGCAACUACACAGGACUGUCCUGCAUCCCCGUGCUGCCUCCGCGCCGGGGCUCCUUCUACGUCGAAAGCGGCACCGGCGUAUCUGUCGGCAGCACGCUGGCCUUCUGGUGCCGGGAGGGGUACCAGCUGGUCGGCAGUGACAAGAUCUACUGCUUUGUCCGCAAUGGGAAGCCACAGUGGAGCAACUACCUGCCCGUCUGUGAAGCGAUCCCCAGGCCUGAGGACCGUGGUCUGAGAGUGGCCGUGUUGGCGUCAGUGGUGAGUGGCAUCGUCAUCCUCGCUAUGUCCCUGUCCUUCCUCAUCUGCUGUCUGCAAGAGCGCUCCAGCCGGAAGCGGGCCAAGAGGGAGGGACGGAGCAGGCGCAGAGAGAAGCACUCGGCCCGUCACAGCGAGUGCUGGCUGGAGAGAGAGGAGGGCGAGUGGGAAGCCUUCCCCCCACCCAAGAUCUUCCACCUCUCGCAGAGAAUGAACCCCCGCAUGGCACCCGACAGCCCCCUCUACCUCACGGGAGCCCUCGGCGGUUAUGAGAACAGAGGAUACCAGAGGAGUCAGGAGAGUCUGCUGAAGGCCUCCCUGCCCGGACUCUACCGCUCCGAGUCGCAGCUCUACCCUCACGUCGUCCUGCAGAGGGUCCCGACCCCGACGGCACCCUCCGCCCCUUCGGCACCGUCGGCUCCCAUCUACCUGCACCUCCCGACCUCGUCCUCCUCCGCUGCCUCCACCCCGGCCCAUGCAGUGGCCAACAGCCAGGCCCACAUCAUGGCUCAGUACCCAACCCCGACGUACCCGCCGAACCCCAACACAGCUGUGCCCGCCUACCCCCACCCAGCACCGGCGCCCAUCUACCCCAACCCCAACCCGGUACCACAGCGGCCGUGGCAGUAGCUCCGUCUUUCGCUCGCCACAUUUACAGGGUCCUGUGCCAUGCGGGCGGAGGGACAUGGACGGAACGCGUGCGGAGAAAACACUUGAAGUCUUUUUAACUUCCAUUAUCUUUGUUUUCUCCCGCCGAAGGCUGCAAAUGCAAUGUUCCAAAGCAGACGUGAAGGGAAAGUGCAGAAAUGGACAUGCAGCCAGUAGCAGAAGCACCUCUGUUUUACUGCACGCUGGCACUUUGGACUUAAUCACAAGAAACCUAACACUUUUUUUCUUUUUUCCUUAAUCUUUACUGAAUUGCCACGACUGCACACUCAGCGAGAGGAGCUCUUCGGAGAAAGUCCUGCUUUCUUUAAGCAGUCAAGGAAGCUUCACGUAGCCCGUUGACAAAGGGACACGGAGACUUGUACUAAAUUUAGUUUUAACGGUUUUUGAUGCUCACAAGAGAAUAACCUGCAGAGAAGGACUUCCACCAAUGGCCGCCACUGUUUGGGCAGCUGUCGGAAACGCUGAGUUUUUUAAAUAGUUUAUAUUUAUUGUGUAACUUGAUCCCUAUCAGCUUUCCUGGGGUCUGGGUAAUCUAACGUAGACCUCGAUAAAACAAUAUAUUUUGAUGUAAAGCUACAGAGGUAACUUCUGAAAUCUCACUCCUUUUUUGACCAAAGCUGCAUGUGAUGUAAUAAAAAGGUACCGGAAAAAGGAUUUCUGGGUGGUAAGCAAUGUAAAAAUGUCUGCAACCACUGAAUGGAACCGAUUUCUGUGGCCUGUUUGUAUGGAUUUAACUCGUUCUGUCACUUAUCAUUUAUAACAAAAAGCCUGCGUUGUGGUCGGCGGUUAAUUGUUCUGGCACAGUCAGCCUCAAACGGGUUUAGGAACAGGUCGAAAUAAAUAUAUGGGCUCAGAUACUGACUUGAAAUCAGCGCUGGGUGGGAUAACAAUUGCAAAUAAUUGUCACACAUUGAGAGAACUAAGGUCUGGUUUGAGUGCAGGAAAUGUUCAUGGUUUUUUUUUUCAUAUAAAAACAUGUCAAAUAGAUUUUUCCUUUAUUUUGUGUGCUACACCUACAGUAAGGUUUUGUAUGUGAGCAACAACGAGGAGACCAUGCAGACCCGUCAGGCGCUGUGGGAGGACUGCCGUGCAGAGAGAAAUUCACUGAUAUUUAAAGAAAUAUGUCGUCCGAUAAAAGUUUCUUCAGUUCUGGAUGUGGAUAUUCCUCUUACAUGUGUUUUAUCAUAUAAAUAAUUAACCCUAAAGCUUUGUUAACAAUCUGAAUUAUGUAUUAGCAUUUAAAUGAUAAACUCUGUGCAAUGCCGCUUUACUGUGGCUUAGUUUACACAUUAGUUUUUUUUUUAUUUUUAACAGAAGGAUGUGAGUAGAAAAAAAAAAAUCUGCACUUUACCUUUUUUUUUUUAAGGGGAUGGGGGGUUUAAAACAGCUUAGAUUGGAUGGUCCUAGGUAUUCUUUGACUGUAAACUGUUGUAUAAUAAUGAGACUGCCAUAAAAGCUCAAUAAAGAGAUUAUAGUUUAGUUCAA